AUGAUAGCAUACAGACCUAAUUUUGUAUCAGUGCUCCUUUGUCUGGCGUGGUUGUCCCAGUAUGCCAACUCGCUUCCACUUUUGGAUCAGCAAGCCAAGAGACAGAUAAUAACCAGAAUGCACACUGCAAGCACUACGAACAUGGUAACGGACUUUUAUUCAACCACUACGCAAGUUGAGGUCGCUCCCACCGUAGAGUUCAUUAUUAGCGGCGACACUACAAUCACUACCACUUUGCCUCUAGCUGACGGUGCCACCCCAACCGGAAGCCCCACAACUACUGUUAUGCUCACGGUGAGUGUCCAAAAUAACAUUGCUGCUGAGCCUACGACCUCCUCCACAGACUGUGCCACCACGAUUACCAAUGGCUCUCCUAAAGGAACUGUGUAUGUUUCUCCAAUCCAGGCGUCAAGCGUGAACUCGAGUCCCCAGACCCAGGAAAACACCGCGACCACCUAUUCUAGCAGCGCGCUAGUUGCAUCUGCGUCUGUUCUUCCAUCUUCCCAGACCCAACAGAACACUGCGACCAUCUAUCCUACUAGUGUGUUAGUGGCUUCUAGUUCUGUUCUUCCGUCCUCUCAGAAUCAGCGAAGCACACAGUCCACCUAUUCUAGCAGCGUUUUGGUCGGCUCCGCUUCUGUUCUUCCAACCUCAUCCGCGACCUCGGUUUCAACCUCGUCGAGCACGUCUCUUUCGAGCACAGAGAGGGCGGACGCGCCAAGUGCUCACCUUCCAGCUCCUCCAGCUUCUACCACUUCCAGCUUUUCUGUAACAAGCAUUCAGCCAACAACAUCGACCACAAGCGCAAAUGAACAGAGUAGUUCUACUACACAACAGCAGACGAGCUCCUUCACCACGCAAGCUGAAACCAGUUCCACUUCGCAGACUUCCACUUCCUCAACUUCAUACUCGACUUCAUCCGGUGGUUUGACAAGCGCUCCUACAGCUUUGGUAUACUCGCCUUACAACGAUGACAACAGUUGCAAAGACUCCUCUUCAGUUUAUCAAGAUCUAGAGUUCAUCAAGUCUAAAGGUGUUUCUAAAAUCAGAGUUUACGGUACCGAUUGCAACUCUUUGGAAACGGUAACCUCUGCUGCCAAAUCAUUGGGAAUUACGAUCAAUCAGGGAUUGUGGAUUACAUCUUCAGGUGUCGACUCCAUUGAUGACUCUGUUACUGCGCUAAUAUCGUAUGGCCAAUCUAACGGGUGGGACCUUUUUGAUGUUUUGACGAUUGGGAAUGAAGCUAUUCUAUCUGGCUACUGCACCGUGAGCGAUUUGAUCAACAAGAUCUCAUCUGUCAGAUCUCAAUUCGAAAACGCAGGAUUCAAUGGCCAGUUCACAACUAGCGAGCCCCCAGUGACCUUCCAAAACCAUCCAGAACUGUGCACAAGCGCCAAGAUCGACUUUGUUGGUAUAAACUCUCAUGCUUACUUUGAUGAAAAUUCAUCUGCAGCCUCUGCAGGCACCUUUGUCAAGGGUCAAUUCGAGCUCAUUCAGCAAAUUUGCGGGACAAAUAAUGUUGUUGUGACAGAGACUGGUUACCCAUCUGAUGGAGAUCAAAAUGGAGGUAACAUUCCAUCGGCUGAAAAUCAGCUUACCGCUGUGCAAAAUAUCUUGAAUGAGAUGGGCCAGCAAGUGACUAUCCUAUCUACCUUCGAUGAUUUAUGGAAACAACCCGGUCCUUACAAUAUCGAAAACCAUUUCGGUAUCUCGAGCAUUCUUCCAAACGCUUAA